UCUUCGCAAAGACCACAUUCGACAAGACCAUCCCUUCCAAUACACCUAUCCCGCCUACCAAUACACUCGCCCAAUAUGGCCGCUACCGCUGCUGCAAUCAUCAAGGGAGCUGUCAACCCUCUCAAGCAGGGCAGCAAGGUCGCUACUGGCGUUCAGCUCAAGGAGACCAACCCCACGGAAGCCAAUGUGUCCCUCGACAGUCUGACUGGCAAGAACAUCAUUCUCGGUGUUCCAGGUGCAUUCACUCCUCCUUGCUCGUCUCAAGUGCCAGGCUACUUGCAGCACGCCGACCAGUUCCUCGCCAAGGGCGUCAAGGGAAUCUACAUCGUCGCAGUCAACGACCUCUUCACUGUCCAAGCUUGGAAGGAGAAGUUGGGCGCAAGCAACCCCGCCAUCCACUUUUUGGCCGACGACACGGGUGCUUUCACCCGCUCUGCCGGUCUCGACUUUGACGCUUCCGGCUUGCUCGGAAACCAGCGCUCUCAGCGCUACGUCGCCAUCGUCGAGGAUGGUGUGGUCAAGCACCUCGCCAAGGAGGACGAAGCUCCCAACGUCACCGUCACCGCUGCUGACAAGGUCCUUGCCCAGGUCUAAGAGUGCGGCGCACAUC